AUGAGUAGUCUAAAACAAGGUAUAAAUGCGCCACGAAAAAGUAUUUUACCAAGAGAACCAUUAACAAAUGAAGAAGAAAUUGAAUAUAAACAAGCAUUUUUUAUAUCCGAUCAUGAUAAAGAUGGUUUAAUAAAUUCGAAAGAAUUAAGUAAAUUGAUUCGUUCAUUAGAACGUAAUCCAUCCGAUAAUGAAAUUCAACAAUUAAUUGAAAAUAUUGUUGAUGCAGAAAAAAAAUUAAUCAAUUGUAAUCAAUUUUUGACUAUGAUGUCUAUAUUAAAAAAGACUCUAUAUAUUGAUGAGAGAAAACAAUUACGUGAAAUAUUUAAUUCAUUCGAUACAGAUGGUAAUGGAUUAAUUGACAGUGAAGAUUUACGACUAGCUAUGCGUGUAUUAACUAAUGGAAAUGAUGAUAUGAAAUUAACAAAAGAAGAAAUCAAUGAAAUGAUUGCAUUAGUUGAUAUUGAUAAAGAUGGUCGAUUAUCAUUUGAUGAAUUUGUUAGUGUCUUUACUGAACAAGUUUAA